AUGGCUUCCCUUUUCUGCCGCCGCUACGCGCAGGCGCUGCUGCGCCGCAAUGCCCCCAACCGGGCGUACUCCACUGCCGGGCCCAACACUCCGGCCGGCCCGACCGGCACCGCUGGCGCCACUGCUCCGCCUCCGCCGGCCGCUGGUACCGGCGCUGCUGGCGCCGCUGCCCCGCCUCCCCCCUCCGGUGCCGCGGCCGCGGCCGCUGACGUCGGCGCCGGUGCCGCUUCGAAGAAGCCCUCGACCGGCCUCUUCGAGUUCCCCUCCAUCGCCGAGGCUGAUGCCCUGGCCAAGCAGCAGGCCAUCGAGAAGGCCGCCCGCGCGGCCAAGAACAAGAACAGCACCGCACUGAAGGUGACCAAGGUCUUCUUCCUUGGUAUGACCAUCCUGCUCACGGCCCAGGUGGCCGACCUCUUCGUGUCUGAGAAGACCACGAUGAUUGACGAGAUCAUCGGCUUCCGCAAUGGCGCCCCCCCCUCCAAGGACCCUGUCACCUUCUCCAACGAUGGCACUCCCCUGCCCCCCCCGCUCCUCCCGAUGAAGGAGCGCGUGAGCAACCGCUUCAACGGUCUGAUCCACUACUUCAACGACCCCCUGCAGGGCAACCUCCUGCCUGACCUGCCGCCCCCGGAGUACGCUCGCCCGUACACCCUUCUGGUGGAGCUGAAGGACCUGCUCAUCCACUCGGAGUAUACC